AUGACAAGACCUCAAAUUAUCCGAGCGGAUACCUUGGAUCUCCAAGAUCACGAUACGCCUUCGGCCAAAGACCAUUCCAGACAACCCGAACACCCAACUCCUCUCGGGGGCGGCCGGCCUGCUCCCCACCAGGAGUUGUCCAUUCGCCAUGCGGACAAAGAUUCGAAGUCGGCGAUAAGGGGCGGUCCGGGCUCCGACAGUGGAGUAGACAUGUAUGGAGAGCCAGAGGAUAUGGAUGAUGACUUGGAGGGUACCCAAUAUGAGCACGAAGACGGCGAUCUGGCGGACGGCGAAAGCGAUGAUCUAUUGGACGACGAUCUGAUGGACAAGAUCUCGAGCUCUCCAUCGAUUGACGACGAGGAUAUCGACUUCGAAUUCGUUUACGCGCUCCACAAUUUCGUCGCAACGGUCGAUGGGCAAGCCAAUGCUGCCAAAGGCGAUACUAUGGUGCUUCUUGACGACAGUAAUAGCUAUUGGUGGCUUGUCCGUGUGGUAAAGGAUGGGAGCAUUGGCUAUCUGCCCGCUGAGCACAUCGAAACCCCGACCGAAAGACUCGCCCGAUUGAACAAACACAGGAACGUCGACCUCUCUGCGACCAUGUUAGGCGACAACUCGGAGAAGUCCAAGAAUCCUUUGAAGAAGGCUAUGCGCCGGAGGAAUGCGAAGACCGUUAAUUUCACGGCCCCAACAUACAUCGAAGCAUCAGAUGUCGAGUUUUCUAGCGACGAUGAUUCCGAGCACGGCGACUUUUUCAACGAUGACGAAACUGUUGAUGGGGAGGAGGAAGAAUCGCAAGAAGCGAACGAAGAUAUUGUCGUGGAACCUCUCCGACCCAAAGCACAAAAGGACAAGCCUGUGGAGCAGACAGAAAGCAAUGGCUUGCAGGAAAUUCAGGAGCCAGAACAUUUGAACUCGGAGCCACGUCGGUCUAGUGAAGAAUUCUUUGACCCAGAAGAACCAUCCGUCAGUCGGUCCAGAAACGGCACUGUACGGAACACGGAUUCUUUCUUCAAGGACGAUACCGCCGAGCCGAAGAAGAUUUCCCUGACACCAAAUCUGCUACGUGAGGAGCAGGGCGGCAAUUUGUUGACUGAGGUGAAAGAAGAGCGCGGGAGCUUCGAGACCAUCGAUAAAGCGUCAAUUCCCCAGGAAAAAGCCAAAGAGGACAAGAAACGCAAAGACAAGAAGCCAGGGAUGCUUAGUGGGCUGUUCAAACGCAAGGACAAGAAGAGCAAAGCAACCGACGAUGACUUUGAGGAGCCAGAGAAGUCUCCAGCGGAGUCAACCUUCCGAGCCUCGCCGCAACCGAAAACCUCCAUGGAUUCUCUGGAUUCGCGGUCUUCUAAGCCUCAACGCCAGCCUAGCAAUAAACUGCAGAAGCAGCCCCCCAUGUCUCCUACGAAGGUCGACCCACAGGUCGACCCGGCAAUUGCCCAGCCCGCUAAGGACACCGAAGUCAUGCACCGCAGCCAGAGUGACCAAUCUAUUCGCCAGGUGACAGCGCAAGGAUCCAACAAGCCCAAGAGAGACUUUCGCUACUCCUGCCGAGUCAAGGGAUUCAUUGGCGUCCCCGGUCGAGCGACCAUCGAGCGAAGCGCAGUGGAGAGGGGGCUACGAUUCCUCUGCGCGCACCACGCCUGUACAGCCUUCUGUGGCAUCUCCGCCCCAGAAAUUUAUCCCCAAGCUAACAACCAACCCCCGCCCCCCGAAUCGGAGUCUCCGGUUAAUGUCUCGCCCGUCGGGGCACCGGGCCUGACGAUGGACGCAUCGCCUAGGGCGCGUUCUGUCUCUCCAAUCUCGCCACCGUCGUCUCCCGAAGUGGAACAGGCCAUGCUCAAGGGCAACGAGGCUACCCCUGGGUCGGUGGACACACCGACCUGGAGUGACGCUAGUUUACGAUCAUACCUCGACGAAGAAAACGAUAUUCGUGAUCUGUUCAUGAUUGUCCAUGACAAAUCAAAUGUUCCUCCCGCUGGCCCCGAUCACCCUAUUACCGGUCGUUUGUUCAAGGAAGAAAGCAAACGGCUCAAAGAGAUGACCAACCAGCUUGACGAAAUGCUUGUGGGUUGGGUUUCCCAGCGGGCCAGGCAGUCGACUCCGAUGCGAACCCUGCAGAGUCCCUCGACAUAG